AUGAGUAGUAUCUAUGUUACCGAACCAGCAACUCAUGGUAAAGUUAUUCUAAAGACCACAGUUGGGGAAAUAGAAAUUGAGUUAUGGUCCAAAGAAACCCCUAAAGCAUGCAGAAAUUUUGUCCAGCUGUGUAUGGAGGGCUACUAUAAUGACACAUCAUUUCAUCGGCUUGUUCGUGGUUUCAUCGUUCAAGGUGGAGAUCCGACAGGUACUGGAGAAGGUGGCGAAAGUAUAUACGGACAACCCUUUAAGACGGAAAUUCAUUCAAGACUAUCCUUCAAUCGUCGUGGUCUUGUUGGGAUGGCAUGCCUUGAAGAAAACAUGAACGGGAGUCAGUUUUUCUUCACUCUAGGGCCGGCUACAGAACUUACAGGAAAACACACAUUAUUUGGUCGUGUGGCUGGUGAAACUCUAUUCAAUAUGCUGCGGCUCGGUGAAGGAGAUCGCCACCACAUUUUUGAUCAUGAAGGUCACCUAAGAACAAACGUUUUAUUGCUCUCAAUUCCACAGCUCAUUUACUGA